AUGGAUUCCGAAGGUUUUGAUACUGUUAAAGAUAUCGAAGAUUUAAUCACAUCAGAAGAUGUAAAAUUUGAGAAGAAACAUAAAUCAGAGAGAAACAUCACGUCAAUAAUCAACAAAAAAAAAGUACAAGAAAUUGUCAGUCCAGACUUACAAAUUUAUUCAAGUAUUAUUCCAGGUACUCAAACAAUUUUUAUAAAAACUUGGGGAUGUACGCACAAUACAUCUGAUAGUGAAUAUAUGGCUGGCCAGUUAUCGUCGUAUGGUUAUACUUUAACAGAUAAUAAGUACAUCGCAGAUUUGUGGAUUUUAAAUUCAUGUACAGUAAAAAAUCCAGCAGAAGAUCAUUUUAGAAAUGAAAUUCAAGCUGCAAAAAAAUUUGGGAAACAUAUUAUUGUUGCCGGAUGUGUACCACAGGGUGCACCAAAAUCAAAGUUCAUUCAAGGAUUAAGUAUUAUUGGAGUUCAACAAAUUGAUCGUGUUGUGGAAGUUGUUGAAGAAACUUUAAAAGGAAAUACUGUGAAGUUUUUAAAGCAAAAAAAAAAUAAGGGGAAAAAACUAGGAGGGGCAUCUCUGUUAUUGCCUAAAAUAAGACGUAAUCAACUUAUUGAAAUUAUUCCCAUUAAUACUGGUUGUCUUAAUCAGUGCACGUACUGCAAAACAAAACAUGCACGUGGUGAACUUGGAAGUUAUACAAUUAAUGACAUUAUUGACCGUGCUCAACAAGCUUUUAGUGAAGGAGUUAAAGAAAUUUGGUUAACAUCUGAGGAUACGGGAUGUUACGGUAGAGAUAUCGGGACCAACUUACCACAACUACUUUGGCGAUUAAUUGACAUAGUACCUUCUGAAUGUCGGAUCAGAAUUGGCAUGACAAAUCCGCCGUACAUUCUUCAACAUCUCAAUGAAAUGAUUAAAAUAUUAAGGAAUCCAAAAGUGUACAGCUUUUUGCACAUACCGGUUCAAUCUGGCAGUGAUACUGUCCUUUAUCAUAUGAAAAGGGAGUAUACUAGAUUUGAUUUUGAAUACAUAGUAGACACUCUGAACCAAAACAUUCCUGGAAUAUCCAUUGCAACAGAUAUUAUAUGCGGUUUUCCAAAUGAAACCGAAGAAGAUUUUGAAAAAACCUUGGAUUUAUGUAAAAAAUAUAAGUUCCCAUCAGUUUUUAUUAAUCAAUUUUUUUCUAGACCAGGAACACCAGCUGCUUUAAUGAAUCAAGUUCCAGCAAAAGAAAUUAAAAGAAGAACUAAAACACUUUCUGAAUUUUUUCAGUCGUAUGAACCCUACACUUAUAAAGUUGGUGAGAUACAACAUGUGUUGGUAACUGAAAUAGCGUAUGAUAAGAAACAUUAUGUUGGUCACAAUAAAUUCUAUGAGCAAGUUCUUAUUCCAAUGAAAAAAGAAAGCAUGGGUAAAAUUGUAAAAGUUAAAAUAGUAUCAGCAUCAAAAUUCUCUUUAAAAGGAGAAUUUUUAAGUGAUACAUCAAAAGGCUUUACUACUCGAUCAGUAAUAAGUUUUGUAUAUAAACUAUUUCAAAAUUUUAUUGGCUCUUACGUACAAGUUUUAAUUGCUGUUGUGAUUUGUUUUUAUGUUAGUUACUACAAAUAAAUAAUAGCCUUAGAAUAUUUUCUGUACAGCGUUGUCAAAUACAACGUUUUCCAGAAUAAUUUCAGUCAAAAAGGUGUCUUCACGACUAUUUUUUCACAAACUGAGACCUUUUUAAAUGUUUCUAAAAGUUUUUAGGUAAAAGAAACGUCGAGGAGUCAAUGUCACCUGCUGAUAACUAUGUUUGUGUAGUUAACAUCUUUUAUAAUUGACAAUUUUCUAAACUUACUUUUACCUUCGGUUUACCUGAAUCGUAAUUACAUUCGAUUUUAACUACUCUUUCAUAUUGACAUACUUAAAUAUCUUUAAUCAAGCAAUAUUAACAAUAAAGACAUGGUGUGGGCGAUCUAUGCCUGUA